GCUUGUCUCCAAAGGGACGCAGGGUUGAGUGUCGGAGCAGCCAGGCGGCCAGUGUGCAUCCCAGGACGCAACAUCAGCCGUAGCCGGGGCUCAACUUUCAGCUGAUCGCUUCACUUCGGACACUUUGGAAAAAAAAAAAAAAAAGAAACUCUUACCAAGAUGGGUUGCUUUGAGUGCUGCAUCAAAUGUUUAGGCGGGGUGCCGUACGCGUCGCUGGUGGCCACAAUCCUCUGCUUCUCCGGCGUGGCCCUGUUCUGUGGAUGUGGCCAUGUGGCUCUCACCGGCACCGUGACCAUCCUGGAAACCCACUUCUCCAAGGUCGCCACUGAUCACGCCAUGCUGACUGACGUAAUACAGCUGAUGCAGUAUGUCAUCUAUGGCAUCGCUUCGUUUUUCUUCCUGUACGGGAUCAUUCUGCUGGCUGAGGGCUUCUACACAACCAGCGCAGUCAAGGAGCUGCACAGCGAGUUCAAGACCACCAUCUGUGGGCGCUGCAUCAGUGGAAUGUUUGUGUUCCUCACCUACAUCCUGGGUGUGGCCUGGCUCGGUGUGUUCGGCUUCUCCGCCGUGCCGGUCUUCCUCUUCUACAACAUGUGGUCCACCUGUGCCACCAUGAGGACCACCAUGGCCAACCUCACCAACAUUGACUCCAUCUGCGUGGAUGUCCGUCAGUACGGAAUUAUCCCAUGGAACGCCACACCAGGGAAGGCCUGUGGAUCCACGCUAGGUGACAUCUGCAACACCAGCGAGUUCUACCUGUCCUACCACCUGUACAUCGUAGCGUGCGCCGGGGCCGGAGCCACCGUGAUCGCUCUGAUCCACUUCCUCAUGAUUCUCUCAGCAAACUGGGCCUACCUUAAGGACGCCAGUCAAAUGCAUGCCUACCAAGACAUCAAAAUGAAGGAAGAGCGGGAGCUGCAGGACAUCACCUCACGCUCAAAGGAAUGCCUCAAUUCCUACACAUAAGGAUAUUACCUACUCAGAAUCCACACACAAACACACACACACAUACGUAAACACACACAGACACUGUGGCCAACCACUGUGGCCCCUCUGGACCAAGACAACGCUCAGCUAAAAUAACCUGCCAACUGCUGUGACGCUGUGCAGUACUAACCAGGCUCCUAACACACUAAUGCGUCAGUGCUGCUUUCUGCACUAACUCUGUUUUGGAACUGCUACUCCAAAUUUCAUUUAUGCUGUUUUUUAUUAUUAUUUUUUUCUUCAUUUUCUAUUUUUUCUGAAAGGAAAAAAAUUCUCAUAUUUGUGUAGUGGCCCUUUUUUUUUUAUAGCCAGCCUUUUGCUGGCGAAGCUUGAGACGUUGCACUAUUCUUGUCAGUUUUGUUUUACAGGCUUGCUCUGUCAUUCUGUCUUGAGCUGCGGUGGCCAGUCUUCAACAAGGGAAUGUUUAUUUUACUCGUUUUCAAUAAAAUGCAGAUUCACUGCACACAACAUGAAAGGCCUUACACCAACCAGAGUUAGCGUGCUGCGAUUUAUGAUGUGGCACAUGACAAGAUGUUCCGCUUUGACUUUGCAGUAAGGAAAGAGGUCGAAUAUAGAGUGUGGACCCAGUUCUGUUGUAAAAGUUCAAGAAUGUAACUGCAUCUUAAUUGAUUAAUGAUAAUCCAGGUGUUAUUAAUUGGUUUUGGGUUCUAAUUUUCAUUAUACAGCCACUGAAAGGAGACCUAUUAUUUUUUCAUAUUUUUUUUUCUUUCAUUCAGGUUCUCAUACAUGUAAGUUAAAGUUAAAGUUAAAAAGGCCGCACCAACAGAAGCUCCUCUCUCCCACAGAAAACACCGCUCCGCAUACGCCUCAUCAGACUACUCACACUACUUCACCAUGUCUCACAUUUGCUUGAUUCAUGCCUAGCGUCUGUUUUUGGCACAUGAGAAUUGAUUUAGCACAGCUGCUCUGUUGUUGCUGUUCGUUGUUCGCUGGCUCAGGCUUGUGUGAGCUGACCAAUCACAGAAGACAUGCAGGGGGUGGGGCCUUAAAGAGAAAGAAGCGGGUGAAUCCAGUGCUGCAGCAGAAAACUAUUAAUGUGAACCUUUUUUAAGUAGAACCCACAUUAAAUGAAGGAACCUGAAAAUGAGUAUAAUAAGUCUCCUUUAAAAGUCACUCAGAUCAUUCAUGGCCUAUAUUAACACUACCUCAGAUAUGCACUAGAGCCUAUGGAACAAUUUAACUGGAACUUCUCCCACGUAAAACUAUGGUUUCAUUGUAAAAAAGAUGCCUGAGACACACAGUAUGUAUCAUGGUAGCUGCAUAGCACACACACACACACACACACACACCAGGAGCUCCUCUACGUCACAGUAUCAUAGGAUUUAAUUAGUAUGCAUAAAUGCCAUAAGAAUCACUUGCUUGCUAAAUGUGGACUGCUGCCAACAAUGAGACUGAAAGAUAUUCAGUGUAUUUAAUAUCUUAACUGUUUUGGUCCAUUUGUUUUCAUGUAUGCGAAUGGAAAAAAAAAAAACAAAUAGAUGAAGGAUUGCCAACAAAGUGAGCUCAUGAUUUUAAGCCCUUUAUCUAUUGUAAUAUCCGAUCAUACGUUGUAAUAUAUGAUCACAAUGUUUUUGCUUUUGAAAAAUCCUAUUAAACAAGUGUGUGUGUAGCAGCACGACGGGGAAACCUACAGCAGAUCUAAAGAACUUAAAGGUGUGAAAUAUGUAAACUUGUUAAAAGUCAGGAUUUUUAGAUCAAAACCACUUCAUUUUUGUUCUUAAUUUUCUAUAAUUGCACCUGUUUUCGAUGUGCAAUUGUCAUAAUGCUGACAUAAUUACUCAUGUAAUCUUUUAUUUCUGUUAGUUGAGUUACAGGGAUAACGUGAUGUGUUUCUUUGUUGCAUGAAGAAAAACUGUUUCCGCAGUGACACACGUGAUGUACAAUCGUGUACACUGGCAUCAGUAGUAGGCAGUGUUUGCCUGUUUCCUUUUUUGUUUUUCUAACUGAAUACAAAUUAAUCCUUUUUAUGUAGCUGAUUAGUUAUAGCUUUUCUUUUUUUUAGGUUUUUAUUCAACUCAAAAGUAUAUGAGUCUUAUAUUAUUUUUUCGCUUGAUAGUAUACCUGUAUUUUCUACGAAAGUCAAGGGCUUCCUCGUGAAUAACUGAUACUUUAAAUUAAACUUUUAAACAACAAUUAGUUGCAACACCAGUCAUUUAUAAACUGGACGGCAAUCUAAAUGGUAAAUUUAGCCAAAGUCUGGAUGCCAAUUUGACUCCCUUUCCAGUGUUUUACACAGUAUCUAUUAGAUAUUGUAGUGAAAAACCUGCAGUUCUCUGAAGGACUAACAGCCACAGGUGUACAUGAAGCUAAUGUACAUCUCAUUUCGUCUUUGUGUUCCGUUUACUAUUGAAUGAACCAAAAACUAGAAGGAAAAAAGGCUACCUAUCAAUCACCAGGAGGACAACAAUCCAGCAUCCUGUCUGACUGGAAACCCCUGUAUGACAUUACUCACCUGGCUUGUUGACUGUUUUUAUGAAAAUAAAAAAAACACACAAAAAAAGAA